CUGCUCUAGGAGGAUGCAGAACCCCUGACCUCUGUCUGUACAGUGCUGAUUGGCCCUGUGCUGAUCACAUGCACUCUCCCAAAAAAAAAACAACUCUCCAAUACACACCAAACUUAGCAUGUGCAGUGUCUCCAUAUGAUAUGUCUUAUCAGGAGAUUAGAGGGGGCACUGGAAGAAAGGUCAAACAACAUUUUUAGACAAUAGAGAGGAUUAACCCCUUAGGUUUCACAGUGAGUAUAUCAAGCAUGCUUUUACUGUAUAUACAGACUGAUUUUACUGUUGUGGGUUUAG